AUGUCCGACGCCCCAACUGUCGCUAACGCUGGGGAUCUUAUUAAUCUUGAUACCCUACAGAGCGAGCUUGACAGUGCUCGCGGGCAGGUAAACAUCUGGGCUGCACAGCGCGAGUUGGCGUUGAAAGAAGCUGUAGCAACGCACAAGACAGCUAUGGCGGCGGCCGAGAGCACGUACGUUGAACUUUUGGAGAAAGGGGAAGAUCUGGCAUAUGUGGCCGAGGAACUCGCGCGCCGGAAGGAAUGGGAGCAAGCUGAGCUUGACGCGUUACGGGAGGAAACGCUCCUGUCGUGCGAGCUAGGUGUGGGGUUGCCGCGGCAGCUCCAGACCUUGCGCGAACGUGUGCAGACCGAACGAAGUGAACUCGAGAAGAAAGUAAGAGCGCUACAAACUGAAGAAUUGGACAGCACUCAGCAGCUUGAUGCGCAUCAGAACGCAGUCGAGCUUUACCGCUGCCGACUCGGUCUGCGUUUUGAGGUGGGCAGCGACGAGGAGCUCAAGUUUUUCUUCUCACACAUUGACCCAGGCGAUCGAAAGCGAGAGUUUUUUGUUGCUGUGCGGGCGCUUGACGGUGUUGGUUUCGAGAUGAUUGACUGUGAUCCGGAAAUAUGUAUCACUAAUUUACUUGAGGAAUGCAACACAUCUGAUAACCUUAGCAUCUUUGUGAGAGGUGUGCGAAAGGCCUUCAGAGCGUUGGUGGCUCCUGUGUAGGGCUUUUGGGUGCAGUUGAGACUC